UUAUCCAAACGCAACUGUUAUAACAUAUGAUAAAGUUAUUCAACAAAAAAUGUUUUCAAAUAUGAAGAAUAGUUUGCUUUUGUUUGUUCCUCUUAUGUUAAUAACAUUGUCUUUAAGUUCAGUCACAAGUGAUACCAAUAAUGAAACGAUUGUCACCAAUAGUAAUGCAGAAACUGUAGACAUCUGUCAGCACAAAGAUAUUGAGAUUAAUGAAGCCUUUUAUUUGAUUUCAAAAAAACAGUUGAAUAUCUAUCCAAAGGAUUCACAAUAUUAUUAUAGAGUUCAUGGCUUUGAAUACAAUCGCAACGAUUCGUCGUUUAAAUUUCAAUCAAUAGAUAAAGUCAACGACAAGAAUAAGUUUUGGGAACUCCAAGAGAUGCGAUUGCUUUUCACUAUCGACUAUCCGAUCGAUAAUAAACGACAGCAACGAAUACUAUGGAUGGGUUUGUCAGUGAGAGAUGAGAUCCCAAACAAACAGAUGGUUUCAUAUCUGUAUAACUAUGACGGCGAUACCAUUACGUCUAAAGCGCCCAUAAAUAUCAAUUAUUAUAAAUACAAACCACAAGAGGAACCGUUAAACUUACAGUCAAUUUUGGCUAAGUUUCCAUCGGAACAGCUCUUUGACCAUUUGUUGUCAAUCACAAGUUUUCCCCACUCACCAGAUCUGCCCAAUCGAUUGAUUGUCUACUAUAAGGAAACACCUCAAAAGAGUAAACAAAAUGAAUGCGUUGGCUGUUAUCGAUCCAAAAGGUAUAUCUUUGUCGAGAGUGUCGUCGAUUAUAAAGAGUACAAAGAGUCCGAUUGGAAUCACGACAAUACCAGUACAACACAUCCGUGCACUGACCUAAACGGCCGUAUUGUCAACGCAUCGAUGCCAUUGACUGAUUAUCUGAGUGAUAACGAUAGUCAUCAGUUUGAUUGGAUUGAGUUCUUUGGCGACAGAUUUCAUGUCAACAGAAUGUUUGUCACCAAAAACAAAGGAUAUAAAGUGGUAGACAAACGAAGUGAGGGAUAUAUUAUUUACGAUAUAUUCGGUUGUAAGGGUAGACCGAUUGAUCCGAUCACUGAGCAGACAACUACUGGUUCGGACACUAUUACCGGUCAUAACUCGGAUCCAAAUAAACCUCAGAAUAGUGGCAGUGAAAGUAAAGAAGGAGAUAAAGACAGCAAAUGGAGUGUUUGGUCAUCUCCGAAAAUAUCUAAAGAAAAGUCGCCAUCCAUUGAGGAACCGAUAGCUACGGCUUAA